AUGGAGCGAGGAGAUGAACGAUAUGAGGAUCCGACCACCUCCGAAUGGCGACUUCACCCGCCUCAGAAAUGCCCAUCCAAUAUCUCGAUAUCCAACGACUUGCCUCACCUUCCUCCUCGCCCUCGCCCACUCAUGUGCAUGUGCAUGACCGCUCACACUCUCUCCGCCGUUCCCAUCCAAGGCAUCUCCCGAGGCUUCGCUCCCCCCCUCGCAUCCAGCGCCAACAAUUCGUUGUCUUUGCUACCAUCACAAAUCUCGACCGUCAUGGCAUUCAACAUGGCAUCGCACAGGCAUCCUCAUCGGAUGCGGCUUUCCAUCGUUAAGCAGAGUUGCGGGAGAGGUUAG